CCCAAGUGGGUGGCCUGAAGCCUCUGCCAGCUCAGGCACGGUGCGGCUCUGCUGGGAGGGGACGGUACGGCGCAGGACGGGUCUGCUGUCCGCUGAAGACUUUGGUAGCCCAGCGAAUUUAUUAGCUACGUUUCUAAACCUGUCGUGCUAAGAGGUGAUGCUGGGGGUGGCUGGGAUGACGGGCAGCAUUGCUAAUGCCCUGGCCACUGCGGCCUGUGAGCGAUGUAAGAGUGGCUUUGCUGCGACUGAAAAGAUUGUCAAUAGUAAUGGAGAGCUGUACCAUGAACAGUGCUUUGUGUGUGCCCAGUGUUUCCAGCAGUUUCCAGAGGGACUCUUCUAUGAGUUUGAAGGAAGAAAAUAUUGUGAACAUGACUUCCAGAUGCUGUUUGCCCCUUGCUGUCGCCAGUGUGGGGAGUUCAUCAUCGGUCGUGUCAUUAAGGCCAUGAACAAUAGUUGGCACCCUGACUGCUUCUGCUGUGACAUUUGCCAGGCUGUGCUUGCGGAUGUGGGGUUUGUCAAAAAUGCUGGGAGGCACCUGUGUCGCCCGUGCCAUAACCGUGAGAAAGCUCGUGGCCUGGGCAAGUAUAUCUGCCAGAAGUGCCAUGCCAUCAUUGAAGAGCAGCCACUGAUCUUUAAGAAUGACCCCUAUCACCCAGACCACUUCAACUGCAACAAUUGUGGGAAGGAAUUGACGGUUGAAGCCAGGGAACUGAAGGGAGAGCUCUUCUGUUUGCCCUGCCACGACAAGAUGGGUGUACCAAUCUGUGGUGCCUGUAGGAGACCCAUUGAGGGGCGUGUUGUCAAUGCCAUGGGCAAGCAGUGGCAUGUGGAGCAUUUUGUGUGUGCCAAGUGUGAGAAGCCUUUCCUCGGUCAUCGGCAUUACGAGAGGAAGGGGUUGGCUUACUGUGAGACUCAUUAUAACCAGCUCUUUGGCGAUGUGUGCUAUAACUGCAACCGUGUGAUUGAAGGCGAUGUGGUGUCUGCUCUCAACAAGGCCUGGUGUGUCAAUUGUUUCUCAUGCUCCACCUGCAACACAAAACUCACUCUCAAGAACAAGUUUGUUGAGUUUGACAUGAAGCCUGUUUGUAAAAAGUGUUAUGAGAAGUUUCCUCUGGAGCUGAAGAAAAGGCUCAAGAAGCUGGCUGAGUCUUUGGGACGCAAGUGAGCUGCUUCUGGCCAAACAACAUGGAUGUAUUCCGACUGUGUCUGUGAUGGUAAAAUAUCCUGCAUUACAACAUAAGGACCCAGCAUUAUACCAGUACACCAAUAUUAGUAAUUUUAAUCUGGGAUCCAUUUAAAAAUAUAAACAUAUAUCACUUUGGUGUUGUCAUAAAGGUGCUUGUUAGAAGAUGUUUCUGUUUCUUGCUGUUUUUUUAAAAAAUAUGCAAAUGUUUUUUUUAAUACAUUCCUAAAUUGCCCAAAUUUGUUAUUCUCCCAAUUUAUUGUGACUUUGGCUAAAUUGUAACUUACAGUUAUGCCUUAGUAAAGCAAAUAUGUAAUGAUGACUCUUCUGGCUAACAUGAAAAAAUAAAUAUACAUGUUUUAAGUAAAACUUUAAAUAAGCUAUUACUGGCAAGGCUCAUCUAAAAACCACUAAAUGUUAAUGAAUCCACCCUUCGAUAUGUUUACGCUAAUACAUAUCAAAUGGUGAUGUUAAAUGUAUGUUAGAAGUUGGUAUGUAAUGUUUGUAAACUGGUGAAGUACCACACAACAAAAAUUAUAUUUGCUGAGAUGAGCAUUUUUAUUAUUGGACAUUUGCAUAUACAAUUCAUUUGCCAGAAUUUACAUGUUAUUGACACUUUACUGCAGCACAUUUUCUGCUUAAUGCUCAAUAAAGUAUUCCUAAACACUUAA